GGAGGACAGAGCUUUCUGGAAGCAGGGCAAGAGAGGAGUAGCCCAGUCCCAUUCCCAACUCUUCAGGUAACUCAUUGGACACCAACAUGUCUGUUCUGUACCCAUCGCUAGAAGACCUGAAGGUAGACAAAGUCUAUCAGGCUCAGGCUUCUGUGAUUCCCAAGAUGCUGGCUCUCCCAGCCCAGGAAAGUUCAUCCUCACCACCCGUUUUGUACCCAAAUUUGGCUGAAUUAGGAAGUUACAUGGGUCUUUCUCUGUCAAGUCAAGAAGUCCAAGAGAACCUGUCCCUGACUCCAGGAAGUGACAGUCAAGUGGCCACUCCCACUCUGCAAGGUCAGAUGGUGGCUCCAGUGACUGGGAAUAACUUGGGCAUCCGAAGAGCAGAGAUCAAGCCAGGCGUACGGGAGAUCCACCUGUGCAAGGAUGAGAAGGGGAAGACUGGGCUGCGCCUACAAGCCAUUGACAAGGGCUUGUUUGUCCAGUUUGUUCAAGCCAAUACUCCAGCCUCCCUUGUGGGCCUGCGCUUUGGGGACCAGAUCCUGCAAAUUAAUGGGAGAGAGUGUGCAGGGUGGAGCUCGGACAAGGCCCACAAAGUGUUGAAGAAAGCCUCAGCUGAGAAGAUCGUCAUGAUUGUGAGGGACAGGCCUUUCCAGCGGACUGUCACCCUGCACAAAGACAGCAAUGGCUAUGUGGGCUUUGUGGUCAAGAAGGGGAAAAUUAUUUCCAUCGUCAAAGGCAGCUCUGCAGCCCAAAAUGGACUGCUCACCAACCACUAUAUCUGUGAGGUGAAUGGGCAGAAUGUCAUUGGGCUGAAGGACAAAGAGACUACAGAGAUCCUGGCCACCAGCGGAAAUGUGAUCACCCUCACCAUCAUCCCCACGGUGAUUUAUGAGCACAUGAUUAAAAAGCUCUCUUCGACCCUGUUGCAUACUUCCAUGGAUCAUUCUAUUCCUGAUAUCUGAAGUCAAGGACCUGGGCAGCCCUCCUUCCUGUCCUUCCAUAGGGGACCCCUCUGACAUUUCAAAGGAUGGAAGAGGAUCGCACUUCACAUCCCUCUAGGGGUUCCCUUAACCCUUUCAGGGGGCCAUCUCUGCCAUUUCAGGGGAGGGGGUGGGAAUGAGCAGUAUCCCUUCUUCUGUUUUCUUCUCCUUAUAGCUGGCUGAGAGGGAGUUCUCUAACCCUGCUGCCUGUUAGGAAGACAGGGUCCUGUAUGCAUGCCAAGGGGUUAGGGAAAGAAAUGGAACCUGGAGCAAGCCUAUAGCAAAAUCUACUGUGUGCCCAGAAGAUUGAAUUCUGGCAAACACUUCUCAUCUGGUCUUCUGAGGUCUUCAGGCAUCAGAGAGAAAUGUGCGUGGACAUAACCCAUUUCACAUUGUCUUUGCAAAAAAAACCUGGUGAAGCAGCACUAGAGGAGGGCUUAGGAUCAAAGCAGCGGACAAGCCAAAAGGGGUCUCAGAGGCCAUCUACCCUAAAAGCCCUCAUUACUUAGCAUGUAAUUGAUAAGUAUUGUGAUACAGCCAAGCAGAUUAGAGCUCAAGGAAGUCAAUGCCAAAGGGGACACUCAAUUCUGCUUCUCCCCCCACCCCACCCCUUACUUGUAACUUCAGGAUUUUGUGGCAGUUGAUUCUAAUAUAUUCAAGGAGGUUGAUAUUAUAGAGGGUAAGCCUCGAUGCUGGACAGAGGACCUAGAAAUAAGCCGAGCUAUCAAGCCCCUGGUCAUAGUUUGUUGUCAUUAUUGAAACAACUCCUAGGUCAGUUUGAAGAGCCAACCCUUCAAAGAGAAUGAAUCGGAAAGAGCUCAGUUCUCUCUCUUAGCUCUUUGCUACUUUUGCAAUAGAAUUAAAAAAAAAAUGAUUUUAGAGGCAGCUGGGUGGCACAGUGGAUAAAGCACCGGCCCUGGAGUCAGGAGGACCUGAGUUCAAAUCCGGCCUCAGACACUUGACACUUAUUAGCUGUGUGACCCUGGGCAAGUCACUUAACCCCAAUUGCCUCAACAACAACAAAAUGAUUUUAAAUAAAGCAAGCCUCAUAAUGAUGAACAAUCAGUCAAUCAUUAAACAAAUAUUAAGCACCUACUGUGGUACAAGGCACUAUGUACUGUGCUUUAUUGAUUGGCUGAUUGAAAACUAUUUUAAAAUAAAGUACACCCCAUUAUGAUGAGCAAAGAGAAUACUGUAAGUAGAUACUAACAUGGUUGAUAAAAACAACACUACAAAAAGCAAAUUCAGAUGAAUUUCAAUGAUCAAUCUUGUUCCCAGAGAACAGAUGAGGAAACAGCUGUUCUGGGGGGGGGGGUGCAGUUCCUGAAAGAUGAGGAUUUUCCAAUAUCAGCAUGGACCCACCAUCUUGCUCCACAGCUUUCUUAUAUACCCCCACCCCCAUAGCUUUCCAUCUUUAGCUCUGGGAACAAUCCCGGAAAGGGACCAGUCAGUCUUUCUCUAUGGUUCCAUUCUUCAUCCCUGUGACUUCCCAGACCAAGAGUCCUCCCUAGCCACAACUUUCCUAAAU